AUGUGCUGUGGAAGGCGUCCGGGAGCGGCCGGCAGCGGCGGGCGGCUCGGGUGGAGGAUGCUGCGGCAGGUCGUUCGCAGAGGGCUCCGCUGGUUCUGCUACAGGCUGGGCUUGUGCGUCAGCCGCCACCCGGUCUUCUUCCUCACCGUCCCCGCCGUCCUGACCAUCGCCUCCGGCUUCGGCGCCCUCCACCGCUUCCAGCCCGAGGGCGACCUGGAGCGGCUGGUGGCUCCCAGCCACAGCCUGGCCAAGAUCGAGCGGAGCCUCGCCGGCAGCCUCUUCCCCCUCGACCUGUCCAAGAGCCAGCUCUAUUCGGACUUGCACGCCCCGGGGAGGUUCGGCAGGCUCAUCCUCCUCUCCCCGCCCGGAGACAAUAUUCUGCUCCGGGCGGAGGGGAUCCUGCAGACCCACCGAGCCGUGCUGGAGAUGAAGGUGAACUACAGAGGCUAUAAUUAUAGUUUUUCCCAUCUGUGUGUGUUGAGGAAUCAGGAUAAGCGGUGCGUGCUGGAUGAUAUCCUCUCGGUGCUAGAGGACCUCAGGCGGGCCGCCGUCUCCAAUAAGACUUCGGCCGGGGGCCAGGUGAACUAUCCCAACGCCAAAUUAAAGGACGGGAGGAGCAGCUUUAUCGGCCACCAGCUCGGCGGCGUCCUAGAAACGCCAAACAGCAAGGACCAGCGGGUCAAGUCGGCCCGAGCCGUGCAGAUCACUUACUACCUCCAGACGCACGGCUCGGCCUCCCAGGAUCGCAUCGGCGAGAAGUGGGAGGGCGAGUUCUGCAAGCUGAUGGCGAGGCUGGGGCAGGAGCAGCGAGCCUUGCAGCUCUACUCUCUGGCCUCCUUCAGCCUCUGGAAGGACUUCCACAAGACCAGCCUCCUGGCCCGCAGCCCCAUCCUGGUCAGCCUGGUGCUGAUCCUGGCCACGGCCACCCUGUCUAGCUCCAUGAAGGACUGUCUGCGCAGCAAACCCUUCCUGGGCAUCCUGGGCGUGCUCACCGUCUGCAUCGCCAGCGUCACGGCCGCGGGUAUAUUCUUCAUCACCGAUGGCAAGUACAACUCCACCCUGCUGGGAGUCCCCUUCUUCGCAAUGGGUCAUGGAACUAAAGGGAUAUUUGAGCUUCUGUCUGGAUGGCGGAGGACCAGGGAGACCCUGCCAUUCAAGGACAGGGUGGCAGAUGCCUAUUCGGACGUCAUGGUCACUUACACGAUGACCAGCUGCCUGUACUUCAUCACCUUCGGCAUGGGCGCCAGUCCGUUCACCAACAUCGAGGCCGUCAAAGUCUUCUGCCAGAACAUGUGCGUGUCCAUCCUGUUGAACUACUUCUACAUAUUCUCCUUCUUUGGGUCUUGCCUAGUCUUUGCCGGCCAAUUGGAGCAGAACCGUUACCACAGUGUCUUUUGCUGCAAGAUUCCUUCCCCUGAGUACCUGGACCGGAAGCCCGUUUGGUUCCAAACCAUGAUGAACGACGGGCGACAACAGACCUCCCAUCAUGAGACCAACCCCUACCAGAACCAUUUCAUUCAGCAUUUCCUCCGUGAGCACUACAACGAAUGGAUCACCAACAUCUAUGUGAAGCCCUUUGUGGUCAUCCUCUAUCUUAUCUACGCCUCCUUCUCCUUCAUGGGGUGCUUACAGAUCAGCGACGGGGCCAACAUCAUCAACCUCCUUGCCAGCGAUUCCCCAAGCGUCUCCUAUGCAGUCGUCCAGCAAAAGUACUUUAGCAACUACAGCCCGGUGAUCGGCUUCUACGUCUACGAGCCGCUCGAGUACUGGAACAGCACCGUGCAAGAGGAUCUGAAGAAACUCUGCAGCGGUUUUCACACGGUGUCCUGGAUCGAGCAGUUCUAUCAGUUCCUGAAGGCCGGCAACAUCAGUGCCAGCAACAGAAGCGACUUCAUCGGCGUGCUGCAAAACACCUUCUUGAAGAAACCGGAGUUCCAGCACUUCCGCAACGACAUCAUCUUCUCCAAGGCCGGAGACGAGAGCGACAUCAUCGCCUCUCGGGUCUACCUGGUGGCGAGGACGAGCGAGAACAAGCAGAAGGAAGUCAUUGAGCUGCUGGAAAAGCUAAGGCCACUUUCCCUAUUACAGAGCAUCAGGUUCAUUGUCUUCAAUCCUUCCUUUGUGUUCAUGGACCAGUACGGCUUAUCGGUAACCAUGCCGGUCCUCAUCUCGGGCUUUGGGGUCCUGGUGGUGUUGGUGUUGACCUUUUUCCUUGUGAUCCAUCCCCUGGGAAACUUCUGGCUCAUCCUCAGCGUCACCUCCAUAGAGCUGGGAGUCCUAGGCUUGAUGACACUGUGGAACGUGGACAUGGAUUGCAUUUCUAUCUUGUGCCUUAUCUACACUUUAAAUUUUGCCAUGGAUCACUGUGCACCCCUGCUUUACACAUUCGUAUUAGCGACCGAGCACACCCGGACUCAGUGUAUCAAAAACUCCCUGCAAGAGCAUGGGACAGCCAUUUUGCAGAACGUGACUACUUUCCUUAUUGGGUUGGUCCCCCUCCUUUUUGUGCCUUCAAACUUGACCUUCACACUGUUCAAAUGCUUGCUGCUCACUGGCGGCUGCACCCUGCUGCACUGUUUUGUCAUCUUACCCGUGUUCCUAACUUUCUUUCCUCCCUCCAAAAAGCAUCACAAGAAAAAGAAACGGGCCAAAAGGAAGGAACGCGAAGAGAUCGAGUGCAUUGAGAUCCAAGAGAACACUGAUCACGUAACCACGGUCUGAACGGCGGAGACCGGCUGCUUAUUUUUCCCUGAGUUCCACAGAGAUGUGGUGAACGGAGAGCCUAGAUCUCAGCGGCUUGUGUUGGCCGCAGUGAAGAGAGGCAGGCAGAGAGGAAGGAGGUUAUUUAUGACAUGCCCAGGAGCCAUC